UUUAGCAUAGCAAUCCACAUCCAUGCAAUGGCAGGAAACGUGAAAGACAAGGAGGCUUUUCAAAGACUGAACUUCCUGUAUCAGGCUGCACACUGUGUUUUGUCUCAAACCUCUGAGAAUGUGGAGUUAGCUCGUUUUUACUGCUUCACUCAGAAGACAAUCGCAAAACGUUUGGUACUGAGACAAGACCCCUCAGUGAAAAGAACAUUAUGUAAGAAGUGCUGCUCUUUGCUGGUCCCAGGAGUAACUGCCACAGCCAGACAGAGAAGGACUAAGCAUAGAAACCGCAUGACUGUCCUGCGAUGUCUUCGCUGUGGGCAGUGCAAGAGGUUCCUAAACCACCCGGAGCAUCGCCUGUGGGUGGACCAGCCUGAGGCUCAGCUGGAGAACCAAUCACAGCCAGAACAAGGUCCCUCCACUAAAGAGUUGAAGGAGAAAGUAGAUGGACCCAUAUCGCAGCUAUCCUCCACAGGGCCUUCCUCUACCCAGCACCAGGUGCCUCCAUCCAAUCCCAAAACCUGAGCCCUGGGGCCUCAGUAGCCCAUUCACAAAUGGACAUAGCUGCUUUGUGUGGCAUUGACACAUAUAGUUAAAAAAUAUCAUAAAUGUUUGAAUAUGAUUUUUUUUUUUUUUUCAGUGGUAUGAUGUAACAGGUUGUCAUUGUAAUGGGAGAGGUUGAGGUUGGUUAAAAAUACAUUUGAUGUUUAAUCUACCUCAACGUGCUCACAGUGUACAGGAAGUUCAGGAACGACAACCAAUGUUAAAUGUCCUUUUCAUAAAAAUGUAUUUUUAAUUUAUUUAUUACUUCUGUAAGAACACAGGCGAUAUGAGUUGUAACUUGUACUAUCAUAAAUGUACAGAUGUUC